AUGUCAGCAGAUUAUUGGAAUUCAACACAAAGAACUCAAUGGCAAUUCACAAGAGCCUCACUACUAGAAGCAAGAAGGAAAAUCAUAUUUUUAGAACGUAAAAUGAUUCAAAAUGGUUUAAUAAAAGAUUAUCCCAAUAUAAUAUAUGAUUAUAAUAUGAGAAUUUACUUGCAUAAUUUGUUACUAAAAUUAGGUAGAAGAUUAAACGUUAGACAAAUUGCAUUAGCUACUGCUGAAAUUUAUCUAACAAGAUUUUUAACAAGAGUUAGUCUAAAGGAGAUCAAUAUAUAUUUAUUAAUUACAACAUGUUUAUAUGUGUCAUGUAAAAUUGAAGAAUGUCCUCAACAUAUAAGACUAAUAAUACUGGAAGCAAGAAACAUUUGGCCAGAAUAUAUCCCACACGAUGCAACAAAAUUAGCAGAAUUUGAAUUUUAUCUAAUUGAAGAAAUGGAAUUAUAUUUAUUUUUACAUCAUCCAUACAAGUCAUUAAUACAAUUCAAGGAAUAUUUUGAGUUAAAUUUUGAUAAAUAUGGGUUCAAAUUAACUGAUGAAGAAUUUCAAAAUUCUUGGAGUUUAAUUAAUGAUAGUUAUAUAACGGAUUUACACUUGUUAUUACCACCUCAUAUUAUUGCAGUUGCUUCUAUUUAUAUUACCAUAGUGCUAAAGAAGAAUUUAUCACAUACAAGAAAUAAGACAAAUGGUAAUAAUGUUACGUCAACGAAUGAUCCAACGACUAAUGCAAACAUUAAUAAUAGUUAUAAUGAUAAACAAGAUAGUAAAGAUUUGAAUAUUGAUGAAUUAAUGAAUCUAUCCAAGACAUCAGAUCAAAAUGAUCUUGGUGUUACUGACACUAAUGAUACAUCACCCCAAACAAAACAACUACUACAACAGCAAUCCCAACUAAGCUCAAACUCAAACCAGAAUAGUAACGAUCAAGAUACGAAAAGUUCUUCAUCAAAUGAUAUAGUAAACUUUGAUUUAGAUAUUUUAGAUGAAGAUACAAUAAAAAUAAACAAAUUCAUGAAUUUCUUGGAGCAUUCUCAUAUAAAUUUAGAUGAAGUUGUUGAAGCAGUAAGAGAUAUGAUGAAUGUUUAUGUUUUAUGGAAUAGAUAUAAUGAACAAAUUGUUAAAAAGGCUUUACUGAAUAUGUUACUAAAAAGAAUGUGA